AUGGCGUACCGGGAGCUGGUGCGGCGCUGGCACGAGGCCGUGCGGGCGGCGGACCGUGGGCACUGGGACGCUGCCCUGGACGCCUUCGGCGGCAUCGCGGAUCCUCCGGCCCGGAUUUGCUUCAACAUGGGCUGCGUGCAGCUGCUGGCCGGGCGGCCCGAGGCGGCCCUCAGGGCAUUCAAUAAAACCAUUGAGAAGGACAAUUCCCUGGCAGUGGGCUACUUCCAGAGGGGGUUUGUCCACCUGCAGCUGGAAAUGUUUGAAGAAGCUCUCUCUGACUAUCACGUGGCCUUCAAUCACCUAAGACAAAAUCCCUUCAUUGAUUACAAGCAACUGGGGCUGAGGCACAUCCUCUAUGCCUGGGAGGUGCUGUACAGCACUGCAGCAGUGCAGUGCCACCUGCAGCAGUGGCAGGAGGCCAGAGUCACCCUAGAGAAGGCUGUUGUGUGGAGGCCUGAAAGAAGAAGAGCAAUCCUAGAGCUGGCUCUUGAGCGGGUGCAGGACCACCUGUUUUUAGAGCCCAUGCUGGUUCCUCUCGGGGAACUUUUCAGACCACGAAAGAAGGAAGUUGAGCAGCUGGAUUCCAAAGAUUUCCUGGGUAAACCCAAGGUGAUCUCAUCCAUCAUUCCCAACGAUGAGUACAUUGGCUUUGAGCCUCUCAGGCCUCAGAAACAGGGCUUUUAUGAACCCAGUGCCGAUGCUCUGCGGGACGCCGAGUCUGGCUACCACCGAGUGCUGGCCCGGUACCGGCCCCAGGAGCCGGCGGGGCUGGAGGUGCCGGCCGGGAGCCUCUUGUUUGUGCUGAGCAGGACAGCAGAAGGCUGGGCCACGGCCAUCCACGAUGGGCAGAAGCUGCACAUCCCGAGCUCUCUCCUGGAGCCUGCCUCAAGGAUGGAUAAAUGGAAGAUCAACACUGGGAUUCCCCUUCCUCCUGCCCAGGUGCCUCCCAGCUGCCUCCAUGUGAAGCAGAAGCCAGAUCCUCCUGGGGAAGAAAAUGCCUGUGCCAAUGAUGCCCACAUGGACUCCAAGAUGCCCCCGGGGUGCGGGGAUGCCCCUGCGGGCGCAGCCAGGCCGGCGGUGCUGCGGCUGCACUGCGAGUGCUCGCUGGUGCUGCGGGCGGGCGAGGCCCCGGCCCUGCCGGCCCUGCGGGCCCUGCUGCGGGACAGGCUGGCUCAGCAGGCACAGCGGGGCACGCUCAGCUACAGGCUCCUGGAUGGCACAGAGCUGGGGACAGUGUCAGGACAGGAAGACCUGGGGAAGGUGUGGCAGCAGCUGACUGAGGGCAGGCUGACACUCUGCUGCCAGGAUUCAGACUCCCACUCGGGCAGACCUGUUCUCUACCAGAUGCUGGCUCAGCAUUCUUACCUAGCACAGGGACCAGGAGACCUGGAGUUCAGCAAGGGAGAUGUGCUGGAUAUCCUCUCUGAAGUGAACAAGGACUGGCUGGAAGGACGCUGCAAUGGCAAGACUGGCAUCUUCCCCAAAUGCUUUGCCGUUCAGACCAGCUGUGAUGCUGCCUUCCUAUAGCAAACAGGAGCCUUUUCCUGCCUGACUGCACCGCCAGGUGUGGGAGACACUGGUCCCAGCUCAUUUGGGCCCCAACCAGCACAGCAAGAAGCUCUGCCAUAUCUGGACAGGGGAUAUCUCCCACUCAGAUUCAUGGGGACAGUUCCAGUAGUGAUGGCAUUUCCUACAGCAUGUUCCCUGACCUCGUGCUUACACUGCCAAAGAUGUGUCUGUGCAGAACAGAGAGCAAGGGAGAGGGCUCUGGGGGUUGGCUGUGGGAAUUGUCCAUGUGGCAGCUCAGGCUUCUGGGUAGGAAGAGGUUCCCCUGCUUGGGAAGAGUUUCCCCUUGCUGUAAGUCUUCACCCCUUCUCCCUUGUUGCUCAUGUUGAGGCUGGGAAGGCUGAGCCUCACUGCCAAAGCCAAUGGUGGCUGGCAGGGGCAGAGGCCUGUUCCCCAGGCUCUCGGGUCACUUAACCUUAUCUCCACCAGCCAGAGAUGCUUCUCUUUCAAAAGGCUUUUGAACCAGUUUGCAAUGGGAUUAAUUGGAUAACACCACUGUCUUCCGUAGCAAAUACUCUAUGGACCUGACCAUUUCUUGGCCAGAUGCCUUUGGCACUUUUCUUAAGCCAAAAGGCCAAGGUGGGAUCUUGGAGCACAGAGAAGAGGCA